AUGUUGGACAAAAUACUGUUCGCCUGUGUUUGUGUGGGAUUGGUUGGUUGUGAUGUGUACUUCAAACCUAGGAGCAUCGAGAAACCGGUGUAUUACGCGAAGGACAACGAGUAUAAGACGGAGGUUCUUUUCCCUGGCAAUUAUUAUCAAAUUUCCAAAGAGAAAACGGACGAGUUUAGACCACAGGCGAUUCCAUUGUUACGAGGAUUCGAUAAGAGGUCCUUGGAGGAGCAGCCAGCGAUUCCACUGAGGGGUUACGAGAAGAGGUCUUUGGAGGAUGAGCAGCCAAAUGCUGAUGAAGCCUACUCGCUCAUGAAGAGAUCAAUCUCAUAUAUCUUGGGCGGAGGAGAUGAUGACGAGAACGAAGCGGACGACGACGAAGACUAUGACAAGGACGACUUCACAGAAGGAGACAGAGGGAGCCACAUAAAGAAGAAGAUCAGAAAACGAGUGAAGAAGUAUUCCAAAUACAUGAUGCCGCUGCUUCUAGCGUAUAAGCUGAAGUAUUUCGCUCUAGUUCCAGUCAUGAUUGCGGGGCUGGUUCUUCUGGUUGGGGCGACGGGAAUGGCUGGAUUCUUCUUCGCGUUGUUCGCUGCUGUCAUGGGUCUGCAGAAGGGAGGGUAUUAG